AAGGAGGGGCGGGAUGGUGUGAGCGCGCGCGGAGCGCGUGCAUAGGCAUAAUAAUAAUGCGAGUGUAGACGCAGCUUGAGUUUCAGCCGGAGUUCCGCUCGAGCGCCGCCGGAUUAUAAUCACGAGGGAGGGAGCGCGCGCGCCCGGUGUGGAGCGGAGCGGAGCGGAGCGGCUCCCGCUCACUGCUGCUUAUAUGCGUUAGUGGAGUGUGUGUGGUGUGGUGGAGUGGAGCGCGGUGGAGUGGAGCGCCGCGCCGCGCCGCGCCGCGCCUCCCGCUCCCUGCUGCUGUUUGUAUGCGUUAGUGGAGUGUGGUGGAGUGGAGUGUGUGUGGUGGAGUGGAGUGGAGCGCCGCGCCUCCCGCUCCCUGCUGCUGUUUGUAUGGGGGAAAGUGUGCGGCUGGAGCCGCUGUGUGAACCGCAGCUGGGAAAAGUUCACCUGAGGCUCCUCCAUCAGACUCCACGGAGAAAAUGUCGGAGCGAGCGGCUGAGGGGAUCAGUCUCCCAGGCAUAAUGCAGUGUGGCAGUUCAGAGUUGUGUCUGGAGCUUGAGAGCGACACAACUGUCCGGGAUGGAACGCGUGCUCGGCUGGGUCUGGACAGCCUGCAGCAGAAGAUGCUGAAGGUGACGGAGCAGCUGCGUAUUGAGCAGACUUUGAGGGACGAAAACGUGGCAGAGUACCUGAAGCUCAUCGAUACUGCCGACAAGCAGCAAAGCAGUCGCAUCAAGCACGUGUUUGAGAAGAAGAACCAGAAGUCUGCGCAGACCAUAGCACAGCUCCAACGCAAGCUCGAGCAGUACCACCGGAAGAUCAAGGAGUGUGAUACGGCCGCGUCGGCCAACGGCACCAAACAGACACAGAUGCCUGGCAAAGAUGGUAAAGAAGCAUCCAGGGACAGCCUGAAGGACUGCGCCAAGGAGGCAGGGGCCAGAGCAAGUGGCCGAAACCAACAAUUGGACAAGGUGAAGAUGGCGGGCCCAGGCGUCUCACUCUCGCCACCGUUCUUCUUCAACAAGUCACGAGGCUUUGCCAGUCUCAUCCGCAACAAAUUCGGCAGCGCCGACAACAUCGCACACCUGAAGAGCACGAUGGAGACGGGAAGCGGGCUGACAGCCGAGGGGGCAGGGCGAGCACUGAGUGGCAGUGCCACGCUAACGAGCAAGCCGAAGUAUCCGAGCGACGACGAGUGCUCAACAGGCACAUCAGCAUCAGCAGAGAGCAGCGGGCAGGCUGAGGGGGGGCAGGUGGAGAGUGUGAGCAGAAUGAACGAUGCUCUAGAGGAGGUGAGGGAGCUCCGAGAGGCACAAGGUCACCUCACCGAGGACAUCGAAAGCCUGAGGAGCCAGACCAAACGUAAUUACGGCUUCGUCUCACAGAUGCUACAGGAAGAGCGCUACAGGUGUGAGCGGCUGGAGGAUCAGCUGAACGACCUGACCGAGCUGCAUCAGAAUGAGACCACCAACCUGAAGCAGGAGCUGGCCAGCAUCGAGGAGAAAGUCGCCUACCAGGCCUACGAGCGAGCCCGCGACAUGCAGGAGGCACUGGAGGCGUGUCAGACGCGUCUCAGUAAGCUGGAGUUGCAGCAGCAGCAACAACAGUUGGUGCAACUGGAGAGCGCAGAUGCCAAAGUACUCCUGGGAAAGUGCAUCAACAUCAUGUUGGCCAUCGCCACAGUGAUCCUGGUCUGCGUCUCCACGGCAGCCAAGUUCACAGCACCGCUACUGCGCAGCCGCCUGCACGUGCUCGCGACUUUGGUGUGCGUGUGUUUACUUGUGCUCGGCUGGAGCCACUGGGAGCAUGUUCAGUGUGUGGUGGAGCAAAUUCUUCUGACCAGAUGAAGAUGUGUGCACGCGUGCGCGUUUUCACACUGUGACUGGGGACACUGUGACUUGGGAACAUGGGCCAGGAGGAACUGUUUGGAUUUUACCUUUAAGUCGUGUGUGUGUGUGUGUGUGUGUGUGUGUGUGUGUGUGUGUGUGUGUGUGUGUGUGUGUGUGAGAGAGAGAGAGACAGGACUCUGUAGGUUUCCAUCUCAGUAUUCAUAUUGUAUUGUUUGCUCUGGUUCAUGCAACCCAAUCUCUUCCACACACAUUUGCAGGAAUUCAUAGACGUCCAAAGGAACCUGAGUCCAUAACUGCUGUCUACUAGGCAUGUAACGAUUCACUCAAUUCACCAUUCGAUCCAAUUCACGAUGUCGGUUUCACGAUUCAAUUUUCCCAAGAUAUUUUGUAAAUAAAUAAGUUAUUACCAAAAGGCAAUAUUUAUUUUCCUAUUCUUUAUCAACUUAAAUAUUUUUGCUCAAUAAAAAAAAAAAUAAAUCACAUUUUUUUCAUUUUCUUAAUAACCAGCAACAAUAAUUUGCCCACAUUUGUAAAGAUUGGAAAUAUAUAUAUGUGUUCUUUACCAGCUGGGAGGUCCGUAUGGUGAAAUACCGUGACCGAGGUCUUGAAAGUACUGAGCGAGGCCUCUGGGCCGAGGUCACGGUAUUUCACCAUACAGACCGACCUUAAGCUGGUAAAUAAUAUAUUUAUUUUUUUCUUUACCAAAUUCUAACAGAAAACGAGAGCGCCCGAAAGGGGAAACCGAGGUGAGCUGCCAUUUUGAAUCCUCAUUCACGGCUGUAAUGCAAAUGGCUUCCUCCUCGGUAUACAAGUGCACUUCCAUGGCAGGAAAAAUAAAACUACAUUUUGCCGCCUAUGUAGUCCCCUAUUUAUACAAAUGGGGGUCAUUCAGGAUUCAGCCAUGUUUUUGCUCGGCGUUAGCAGCAGUUAGAGGUUUUUAGCUUUCUCCUGAAAUGUUCUUUUAUUUCUUCUUCCUCAGGGUAGUUAAACUCGCUUUCGCUGUGAACACUGUCGUUAUCGCUAUCCAUGCUGUAAAAUUAAUGCUAUUCUCCUGAGAAAUGCGAAAAUAAAUGUUGACAAAAAAUGCUACUAUGUUUGUUGUGAACGAGCGAGUCGCCAGAGGUCCGUAACCGGGGUCCGUAUCGUAGGAUACGGACCCACUCGCCAGCCAAUCAGAGCGCAGGAUUUGAUGGAAACUGGACCACGAAAAAACUAAAAUGGCCUAUUAAAUAUUAAAAUAUUAACUUUUUUUAUUCAAAAUGAAAAAAGUUAAUUACAAAUCGGCACUUUCUUAAACUUUUAUGAUUUUUUUUCCCCUACCUCCAUUUGCUUCUCUUCUUAAGCUUUCAGCAGUCUGUAAAAACGGUGCUCGGAGUUCUUAUUAAAUCUAUUUGUAGUCAAUCACACACCACCUCUUUCCUAUUUUAGAUCUGUUUUUUUUUUUUUGUCAUGCCACAAAAACACCUGUUACUUCCACCUCGGGUGAAGUCAUGUGUAUUCCUGCUAAUUUACAUUAUUGCGCCCUCUGCUGCACAAACAAUGCAAUUACAUCCAUGAAAAUUUAAGAUGAAGCCACGUGAGAAUUGCGAUUCAUCAUUUUAUUCUAAUUUGAAUGGUCAUAAAUUUGUAUCGCGAUUUACCGUUGUAUGACGUAUCGUUACAUGCCUACUGUCUAACGAGGUUAAUACUCUUCUUAUGACCACAAUAUGCAGCACAAAGCAGAAAUAAUUGGUUACUUUUCAACGUUUGCCAGAAUUUCUUCACUGUUCAAUGUGAAUUGGGAAGAGCUAACCUGAGAGAUGGGUUAGAUCAGCUUUACUCUCACCAGUCACAAGCAGUCUAGUGAAUGAAAACAAAUGUAGCAAGUGUAAUCUACUGUGUUAAAUCUGCAGUUGGGUAGGGUGCAGGGUUGAUGUACAGGUCUUUAAGAAUGAAGAAUAAGGACAUGCUCAGUCUGGCGAUUCUCUGAUCAGUGAAUUAAGCGAGUGUUUGAACAGCAUUUACACUUUUAUCUGUUCAGCUUUAAUACAACUCACAUUUGGCAUCAUGGAAACGUUAAUAAUUUAACACUCGGAGUUUGAAAUGGAGUACGGUUAAGACGAGGAGAGGGAUCUUUAUUUAUUUAAUGAAAUCACUCCUGCAUGGUAGAUUCAUUCAAACUCUGGCAGUGAUCAGAAAGGAUUGUUCUCACUGUCGAACUAUUAUAUUGAGCUGGCGUUAAUACAUUCACUUGCACCUCGUGUGCCAGCAGCGUUUGUCUCUUUCUGGUCCACUUUUGCUCUAGAGCAGGAAUAAACCAAAGCUCAGCACACACCAGCUCUCUGAAAUGCAGUGUCAGGGCUCGACAUUAAAUUUUAAACCCACUUGCCCUGGGGGCUAAAUUUUCCACCCCUUCAAAUAUUAUCACUUGCCCCCUAUUUUGCAAGGACUACUUUUUUUGUUUUGUUUUAGGAAAACCAUAGAAAAAUUGUGAAUUGCAACAUAAAAUGAAGAUCACACAUUGAGUUGAAGUUUGGUUAUUGAUUAAGUUUACUAUUAAGUUUGAUUACUUUUUACUUGUAACGGACAAUAACAAUUUUAUCCGAAAUAGUUUCCCCUGCCUUAGUCGAUUUAUUUCCAGUUCACAUGCAUGCAGCUGUUGUAAAGUUCAGUGUGUUUGUGUAGAACUCUCUCAGACUGCAGGUUCAUUACUCAAUAAUGUAGAAAUCAUAAAAUAGAAAUCUAUAGCAAAGUUUGUAUGAAGAAAACAAUAGGGUGCCAAGACUUUUGAACAGUACUGUGUUUGUGAAUAUUUAUAUAUCCGGGGGGGGGGUGUUAUCAUCCACCUCUAGGUUAAAAAAAAAAAAAAAACGCGCUGCGUCAUGACAGGAUAAUGUUUAAGUUUAAAAUUAUUGUUUAAUGUGUAGGUUGUGGGUGUUUUAUACAGAUCUGGCAACCUGUAACUGACAGGUGGUCUGUCAUGAUGCAGACUUUUUUUUUUUUUAAAGAAACCUAGCAGUGGAUGAUGCAACAUAAACAGAUAUAUAAAUAUUUUGCACAGGACUGUGUUCCUCUGAUAACAGAAACGAAGCUCCAGCUCUCUCUGCUCUUCAUCUGUUCUGUUCUUUCAGGAUUUAUCGCACAUGUCGCUCCUCGUUGAGUUUUUUUUGUUUUUGUUUUUGUUUUUUAUAUUCCCGAGUUGUUUGAAAUCAAUCUGGGUUUUCUGUGUCGAAUAAGGAAGCGGCUUCAUCUUUAAGAAGAUCAAACACUUUCAUGAAGGCGCUGACUCGAAUGCGAGCAGGAAAAAAAUGAGAUUCUUAAUCAAACUCUUCCAUCCUCACUUCCGACUUUGUUUUUGUAAAAUACAUUUUAAAUACAAUCGUGAAUUUCUCUGGAGUUUUCAGGCUGAGCUCCUCUCCUUGUAUUCUUUAACCACUCAUUUCCUCAUUGUUCUUGAAGCAUUUGCUUCGAUUUGUGAACAUUUCUCUUGAUCGCGGGGAGACGGUAAUGCCUUUUAUCUAGUUCUCUGUUUGAACAAGCAAAAACUUCGCAAAAAUUCACCAUAUUGAAGACAGAUUAAGCUGCUUGCAUGAAAGACGGUGUCCGUCUGACCCCAGCUAUAAUUAUCAUGUGAUGCGUGACGUCAUGCACAAGGGGUCUAUAAACAGUACGCGUACCAUACUACAACAGCGGGGGGAUAGAAAAUAACUUGCAAAGCAGUAAAUGAACCCAAGACUAAGAAAACAGCCAAGACAUAAUGGCGGAUAUGUAGUGAAGGACGCGUUUAGGAACUGAAAUAAAAGAUCAAAAAGCUUAAAUUUUGUGGUGCUAGUUCAUAAUAUAUGCUCAUUCCAACUUACCCGGUCGGGCAUGUCGGGGACAUAUCCCACUUGCCCUGGGCAGUCGGGCAGUCCUUAAUGUCGAGCCCUGAGUGUGAGUGAUGGUCAGAUUCAACUGUGCAAAGAAAGCAAACAUGCUUUUGUGUGUUUUAGCCUGGAAUAAGCAGUGGAAAGCUGAGCUAUAUAAUAUAAUGAAAUGUUUUUAAAUGAAGGUUUUAAGGUUUAUUUUUAUACCUCUGUUAUCCAGAAACUGUUUUGAUGAGUCUGUGAAUACAGUGAUUGCUAUCUCA